AUGUCAAAGACUUGGGCCGACUUGAAAAGAAAUACAAGAGAAAAGGAAGAAAAAAGAAGAGCACAAAUUGCAAAAGAAGAAAAAGUUACAGUGAAGUUUAAUGACAUUGAAGAAUUGAUUAUAAAGAACAUAUUACCUGAGGAAGGCUUUGGAUUGGAAGAAGUGCCAGAAUUAGGAUUCGGAAAGAAUGAAACAAAGAAUAAACAAGUUAACAAGAUUUCUGUGGAAGUUAAAACUGACGAAGAAAAGGAACGUAAAAAGAAAAAAGUUCUAAAUGUGGAAAGAUUGGAAAAGGAGGAUGUCAAAGAGGAAAAGGAAAGCGAGGAUGAGGAGAAUGAGGGGGAAGAGUACAGUGAAGAAGGUGACGGCGAAUUGCAUGACAGUGAGGGAGAAUUGCAUGACGAAGAUGAUGUAGAGAUGAAGAAAAUUUUUAGAGAAAUUGAUAAUGAAGUGUUGCCUACAACAACAGCCGUGAAAAUGGAAACUGAAAAACGCAAAAGAAUAAAAUCCGGUGCUUGUGAAAAAAAGAUCAAAUUGGAAGAUCCAACAAGCAGCGUCACUGAACAAGUAAAAUACCAAGAACAGCAGAAUUUUUCAGUGAAAGAUAAAACAGCAUUACAAAUAAUGCAAAUGAAAUUAGACCUCAAACGCCAAGACAUUGAAUUGAGAAAGAGGAAGUUUGAAUUUAAAAAAAAGCAGCACGAAGAACAAUCAACAAUUUUGAAAGAAAUUUCGGGCUCUUUGAAAGUUCUUGCAAACAGAAAGGACUCCAUUAUUUAA